AAUAUAACAAAAAUUAGGAAAUUUGCGCCAUCACAUGACUAUCACGUGACCACUUUAUCAAAAUGGCUGAGACAAAAAUAAAAACAAAUCAAAUAUUCCUAAUUACCUUGGCUUUAACUCUGAUUCCACUAGUACAUGGUCGCUAUGAACCAACAUGGGAGUCAAUAGAUAGUCGCCCCUUACCUACCUGGUAUGAUGAAGCUAAAUUUGGCAUAUUCAUUCACUGGGGUGUAUUUUCAGUGCCAAGUUUUGCCAAUGAAUGGUUUUGGAAAAACUGGAUUGGAUUCCAGCAGCAAAAGUACAUUGACUUUAUGAAGAAAAACUAUAAACCUGGAUUUAAAUAUCAAGACUUUGCGCCACAGUUUCAAGCUGAGAUGUUUGAUCCGUAUGAAUGGGCUAAAUUAUUUGAAGAUGCAGGUGCCAAAUAUGUUGUGCUCACAACGAAACACCAUGAAGGAUUCUGUAACUGGCCAACCAAGUACUCCUGGAUGUGGAAUGCUGGGGACGUAGGACCAAAUCGUGAUCUAGUUGGAGAUCUUGCCAAAGCUAUCCGCAACUCUACCGACUUGCGUUUCGGAACAUAUUUUUCCCAUUUUGAAUGGUAUAAUCCUUUGUACAAUGAUGAUUUAUUGCAUCUGUUUUUCACCAAAGCAUAUCCGAGCCAAGUCUCGCUACCUCAGCUGAGAGAACUUGUGAUGAACUACGAGCCAGAUAUUGUGUGGACAGAUGGCGACAGUGGACCAUAUUGGUACUGGAAAAGCACAGAGUUCCUCGCUUGGCUUUAUAAUGACAGUCCCGUUAAAGACAAAGUCGUGGUUAAUGAUCGCUGGGGUGGAACUGAAUGCCAUCAUGGGGGUUACUAUACAUGUCAGGACCAUUAUGUCCCAGGACAUCUAGUGAAACACAAAUGGGAGAACUGUAUGACGAUUGACAAGUACUCUUGGGGUUACCGUAGGGAUGCACAGCUUGAAGACUUUGAGAAUUCAACGUCAUUGAUUCAUCAGUUAGUUGAGACUGUAUCCUGUGGAGGAAACCUUUUACUGAAUAUAGGCCCGACACACGAUGGAAGAAUCAUGCCCAUAUUUCAAGACCGCCUAUCCGAUAUGGGGAAAUGGUUAAAGAUCAAUGGACAAGCCAUUUAUAAAUCAAAACCAUGGCGUGCCCAGCAAGAUAAUAUGACAAAAAAUACAUGGUAUACUUCCCAGGUAGAUGAAAAGUCUACUACUGUUUAUGCUAUAUUGCUGGAUUAUCCAAGCCAAACCGCUCAAAAUCAACUCAUUGUUAACUUGGGUGAGCCUAUAACAUCACCUGCUACGAAUGUAACAUUGGUUGGUUAUCCUAAAUUGUUAAAAUGGAGCCCAAUAGGUGACAGUGGUAUCAGUAUAAUUUGGCCCGAUUUGAAUUUCAAUCAAGUUCCUUGUAAGCAUGCCUGGGUGCUAAGGUUAGAUGGUGUUAAAUAAAUACUUCAAUUAACUCUCACUACAUUUGGAUACUAGGGUAAGGGAUGGUGUCCAGUUCUCAUCAGUUGUGGAUGAAUGGAAAUAAUUUUGUAAGAGUGAGGUAAAGAAGGGGGUAAAGAAUAUCUCAAGUAAAAUUAAGGUGAACAGCAAACCAUCAUUUUCAAAUACCAUUAUAUACGAGAACAGAAUGGAUUAUGCCAAAAUAAAAAUUAACUUUGUUUUUCCUCACCUUAGCUUGAACAUUUGGUCAGCAUCCCUAAAGAAAUGAAAGAAUGUGUAUUGAGUCAUUUGAUCAUGAUAAUAAUGGCAAUCAUUUUGAAAUUGAUAAGUGUUUUCAGCCUCCUUCUUUAUCAUGUGCCAAUUGCCAAACAUAGAAUUUCUGCUGGAGAUUGCCUAUAUGUAUUUCUCCUGCAGAUACAGUAAAACCUGUCUUAU